UUCUAGAAAUAUCAGUUUGGACAAAACGACGUAUCAUUUGGUGUAACUUUCUCGUAAGCUAAGCAUUUCCCUCGAUUCCGUAGAAUACCAAGUCCCUUUCCCCUUUGUGCUGCUCAACGAACCAGAAACCACUUCCAAUCGCCCUCCUCGCCGCCGUUAGGGUUGAACGGUUGAAGUUUGAACAAUGUCGAUGGUUGACGAGCCUUUGUACCCCAUAGCAGUGUUGAUAGACGAGUUGAAGAACGAUGACAUCCAACUGCGGUUGAAUUCGAUUAGAAGACUAUCGACAAUUGCUCGUGCGUUAGGGGAGGAAAGGACUAGGAAGGAGUUGAUUCCUUUUUUGAGUGAAAACAAUGAUGACGAUGAUGAAGUUCUUCUUGCGAUGGCAGAGGAAUUGGGUGUUUUUAUUCCUUAUGUUGGAGGAAUAGAGUUUGCACAUGUGUUGUUACCUCCUCUUGAAACGUUAUGUACGGUUGAAGAGACGUGUGUGAGGGAUAAAGCUGUGGAGUCACUAUGCAGGAUUGGAUCACAAAUGAGAGAGUCUGAUUUGGUUGAUUCUUUUGUACCUCUUGUUAAGAGGCUGGCGGCUGGUGAAUGGUUCACUGCUAGAGUUUCUGCUUGUGGACUGUUUCACAUUGCUUAUCCUAGUGCAUCAGAGCCGUUGAAGGCGGAACUGAGGUCGGUAUUUAGUCAGUUAUGUCAAGACGAUAUGCCGAUGGUCCGGAGAGCUGCUGCAACAAACUUAGGGAAGUUUGCUGCUACGGUGGAACCUGCUCAUCUCAAGACGGACAUCAUGCAAAUCUUUGAGGAUCUUACGCAAGACGAUCAAGACUCUGUUCGUUUACUAGCUGUUGAGGGUUGUGCUGCCCUUGGGAAGUUGCUAGAACCUCAGGACUGUGUUGCACAUAUUCUUCCUGUUAUUGUUAAUUUUUCUCAGGACAAAUCUUGGCGUGUUCGCUAUAUGGUUGCUAACCAGUUGUACGAACUAUGUGAAGCUGUGGGUCCUGAACCAACCAAGACGGACUUAGUCCCAGCAUAUGUGAGGCUACUUCGGGAUAACGAAGCUGAAGUACGUAUUGCGGCUGCUGGAAAAGUUACCAAGUUCAGUAGGAUUCUUAGCCCCGAACUUGCAAUUCAGCAUAUUCUUCCAUGUGUAAAGGAGUUGUCGUCAGAUUCUUCUCAGCACGUUAGGUCUGCUCUGGCAUCUGUUAUAAUGGGCAUGGCACCUGUUCUAGGAAAGGAGGCAACAAUCGAGCAACUUCUUCCCAUAUUUCUUUCACUUCUAAAAGACGAGUUUCCAGAUGUACGCCUCAAUAUCAUUAGUAAGCUAGAUCAAGUGAACCAGGUUAUUGGAAUCGAUCUUUUGUCUCAAUCUUUACUGCCAGCAAUCGUCGAACUUGCGGAAGAUAGACAUUGGAGGGUUCGUUUGGCAAUCAUCGAGUACAUACCUCUAUUGGCUAGUCAAUUAGGUGUAGGAUUUUUUGAUGAUAAACUCGGUGCUCUCUGCAUGCAAUGGCUACAAGACAAGGUUUACUCCAUCAGAGAUGCUGCUGCAAAUAACCUAAAACGCCUUGCAGAGGAAUUCGGCCCAGAUUGGGCGAUGCAGCACAUAGUCCCACAGGUCUUGGAUAUGAUUAAGAACCCACAUUACUUGUACCGUAUGACGGUUCUUCGUGCUAUUUCUUUACUGGCCCCUGUUAUGGGCUCAGAAAUCACUUGUUCUAAACUGCUUCCUGUAGUUGUUACUGCAUCAAAGGACAGAGUGCCGAAUAUCAAGUUUAAUGUCGCAAAGGUCUUGCAAUCUCUAGUUCCCAUAGUUGACCAUUCGGUGGUUGAGAAAAGCAUUAAACCGUGCCUGGUAGAGCUGGCGGAGGAUCCGGAUGUCGAUGUGCGUUAUUUUGCGAACCAAGCCCUUCAAUCGAUUGAUCAAGUGAUGAUGUCUAGCUAAACAGUUUAAUUAAUAGGUGCGUCGUUCCGUUUGUGGUUCUAGUAUUGUCCAUCUAUUUUUGCCACUUGCAUGUGUAUUGCUGUAAUGUCAAAAAUUAGCCACCAUAUACCCUUUCUAUAUUUAGCAUGAAAAUAUUGCUGUUUAUGGUCUUUUGGCGGAUAUACUGAAGUAGUGUGACAUGGUUUUUAUAAUCAUAGGGUGUGUUUGGUUCAUGGGUUUAUGAUUUAAGGAAAGUGGAUGAUUCCUAUUA